AUGCGCUUUGCCAAGAAGCACAGCAAGAAGGGCCUGAAGGAGAUGCAGGCCAACAACACCAAGGCCACAAGCGCAUGUGCUGAGGCCAUCAAGGCUCUCAUAAAGCCUAAGGAGGUCAAGCCCAAGAUCCCACAGGGCGGCAGCUGCGAGCUCAGUCGACUUGCCGACAUUGCUCACCCCAAGCUCAGGAAACGUGCUCAUGUCUGCAGCAUCACCAAGGGUCUCAGGCUCUGUCGGCCAAAGGCCAAGGCCAAGGCUCAGACCAAGGCCGCAGCUCCAGCUGCAGCUGCAGCUGCAGCUCAGGCUCCCAAAGGUGCCCAGGCCCCUACACAGGCUCCAGAGUAGAGGCUUUCAUCUCUGAUGUGAGGAUAGAAGGACUAGUGUGACCCCUGUGCUGCUGUCUGCAUGGGGCUCAUGUCUACCUGUGCUGUUUGUACAAAUAAACUUGAGGCAGGAUCUGUCGGUCAAAAAAAAAAAAAAAAUGGAGCUAAUAAUCUCUA